CCGUGAUGCAGCGGGCAGAGAAUGGUGGCGGCGGCGGCGAGGAGGAAGAGGCCACUGUGGAUGUCCAGUUCACCGACUUACCGAAUGCACUGAUAGCAUGCAAAGCCCCGGAGGAUUUGUUCACCGAUGGCAUACUGAAGACUGCUGCACUGCGUCCUCGGAAAGAGUGACCAAAGGAGGCAGGAAUAAAGCAGAUAUUUAGAGCGCUGGACCAGAAGAAGGGAAGAUUCUUUCUCUCAUCGUCCGCGACGGCACGCUCAGGAGUGACACCCUCGGAUUGUGGAUUAGGCAGCGACGUGGACCGGUUCCCCGGGAGGUCUGCGAAGGAAGGUCCACGUGCGAGGACCCGCGCGAAAAGAAGACCGGACCGCUUUCGCGUCAAGAAGCGUACAUAUACUUCCCACUCAGCUGUCACCCUGGGGAAGGCAACUCUCCUCCGUCUCCCCCCUUCCUCUCCAUCGCCGUCAUCGCCCUCCUCCUUGUCGCUGUCGGUUUUGGCGUUCCGUCGCGCCCUGUCCGCGGUCAUCAGGUGGAGGAGGUUUCAGCUGUCCGGGUCGCCGAUCAUGCACAUCAAGACCGCUAAGGGUAACCGCUUCUGCCUGGUCGCCUCGGUGACCAACCAGGAAGUGUUCCACCGUCCCGAAGCGAAGGCCAGGUUCGAGGCGUUGUUCCGUUCGUUUGACCCGGAGGUGCAGUUCCAGUACUUCAAGUCCUUCCGGCGGGUGAGGAUCAGUUUCAGUGACGCUCUGGUCGCAGCCGAGGCGAGGCUCCGGCUGCACAAGACCGACUUCAACGGCAAAGAGAUGAGACUUUACUUUGCUCAGUCCGUCCACAUCGGGAGUCCUCGCCUGGAGCCGCCCAAGCCAGAUAAGCAGUUCUUGAUCUCCCCACCUGCCUCCCCUCCAGUCGGCUGGGAGCAGUCUAAGGACGCCACGCCAGUCAUUAACUACGACCUGCUGUGCGCCAUCUCCAAACUCGGACCAGGGGACAAGUACGAGCUCCACACCGCCACGCCCACCACCCCCAGCGUGGUCGUCCACGUCUGCGAGGACGAGCGCGACGACAGCUCGGCCCCCGACGACAGCGACCAGGACGACAGGCCCCGCCCCCCGCGGCCAAAGAUCAUCCAGACCCGCCGCCCCGACUUCACGCCCGCGGUCGAGCAGUGAGCGCAAUCCGCGGCGGGCGCAACCUGACGGCCGUAAACAUUUCAUCCUAAAGUGAUUGGUCGAGAGCUGAACACGCUGUCGGAGCUUUGAAGGAGGUUUUGGGGGGGGGGGGAGGGGGUUGGGGGACUUUGAGAAGACUCCCCGAGGGGUCCUGCGACGCCCCCUAGAUGAGCAUGUCACGAGACGAAGCGAGAACACAUUGCUUUGAAUGCUGCAUUCAUGUUCCGUGGGAAACGCAGGACAAUGAUGUUCCUUGUAGAAGAAACGGUUCAUCCGAUUUAGCCAUCAGAUGAGAUGUACCGCUGCUGAACGGGAGGUAAUAUUCAUUUUGAAGCGUAGGAAAUCAUAUAUGCUAAUGUUUUAAUUCUAGUCUAAGAAGACGUUUCUGGAUUUUUGGAUUGUGUUGAUAUUUUUGCUAAAAAAAAAAAAAAUGCAGGAUGUUGAUCAGGUACAAAUAAUGUCUGUACUAGACCAUAAGAGUGAUUUGGAUGUGGCUUCAUUCCCACAUGACAUGUAUGCAGCAUCGUCCUGAUGAGUCAUGUUUUCCUCAUCUAGAGUCUGGAACAUAAAGCGAAGAGGCAAACGUUUUUAAACUGAAUCAUUAGACAUAUCGAUGUGGAUAUAUGCUAGGGUGCUACAUACAGUAUAUGUCAGUGAGCUGUAGAGGCUGCACACAUUUUUACACCGCUGGCCUGCGCUUUUUCUGAUGCUCUUGAGCCGCGUUUCCCCGCACCGAAGAAGUCAUGCCGGCCGCGAAGGCUCCCCUCACUCUUCACUAGUGUCUGACUCUGUCUCUUGCUUCACUUUCACAGCUGCUUUGCGGAGAGCAAAAAGUCAAAGCUCGCCUUACUCGUAUUAUACGGUCAACCUGUGCAGCGUUUUUCUUCUUCUGGAGAUAUCGUCCCAAAAUAAGAGCAACCGCAUUCUUGUUACUGUAAUGAAAAUGUUGUACAUUUAUGUGUGAAUGUAGAACAUAUGCGCACAGUCCUUGUUAAUCUGAGGUCUUUAACAAUGGUAAUUAUGGUAACGAAAUAGUAUUUUGAAAGAAAACUCUUUCAGCUAAUGUAUGAGGGGACAAAAUGCAAACAUGUAUUCAACCACUGACUGACUUAAACCCCACCUGCCUGUCGAGGUGUAACCCCAUUUUUAAAAGAUUGUGCUUGUAUAGGUGUAACCGUUUCUAGUCUUUUCAACAACCAAAACGAUGUACGUGUGUGCGGGUCAGUUCGUCUUUCUGUUCGCUGUGCGCACACUUGUUGAAUCUGACAUUUUAAGUGUCGACGUUAAGUGUUCGUCCACAUGUCUCAAUGUUGUCACCGUAGACUGUAAAUAAAGAUGGACGUCAUAAACAGCUCCUCGAAAGUGAAUCCUAAGCAAGUAGGGCUCCCCCUGGUGACUGCCAGUUGCCUUCCCAAGUGUUUUGUAACCCCCCCCAGCUCACCCUCCACCGCAAACUGAGAAAAUAGUAUAAGGUUGACAGGGAAGUGGGGGCGCAUUGUCCAUAUUUAUAUACAGUUUAUGUUUGUUACACAGGAUAUGUUAAAACUUGUAAAAAGACGUGUAAAAUUGCAGUUGCAGUUUUUUAAAAUACUUGAGUGAAAACGCACCUCUGUUUUCCGUAGGCAACCCCUGCGUUAACCGAUGUGUGUGUGCCUAUAGCUUUUUUUUUUUUUUUUUCCCUUCUCCUGCUCUGCCCAUCUGUUUUACGAGUUGCAAACACAGAAAACAAAGCAUAACUGGUCUUUCGUCGGCUCUAAAUUUAAAGAUUUGGGGGAGUUAUAGCAAUCAAGUGCCACUUAACCAGAGCAGAAUGUCUAUUUCUAAAGGUACUUUUUGCUUGUUAGAUUAGCUUGUUAAAUCUUGUCGCGCAUUCUUUGUAGUUCUCUGUAAUCGGAUUUCUGUGUUGGUGACAUGAAGGGUCCAGCUUUCUUCUUGUGGAUGUCAUUUGAGGUGGGGGGGGAAUAUCCACUAACGGAAGCAUCACUGUGCACUGUGUCGUUAUGGGAUUGAAGAAUACAUAAGGAUCUUAGCUACCUUUUCACUAGCUGUUGACUUGUUUUGAAAAAGGAAUAUUGAGUUACAACUGAAUAAAUGUUUGACCAUAA